GUGCCCCAUCAUUGGUGUCAGUGGAAGAAUAGUGCCCCAUCACUGGUGUCAGUGGGAGGAAUAGUGCCCCAUCACUGGUGUCAGUGGGAGGAAUUGUGCCCCAUCAUUGGUGUCAGUAGGAGGAAUAGUGCCCCAUCAAUGGUGUCAGGGAGGAAUAGUGCCCCAUCAUUUGUGUCAGUGGGAGGAAUAGUGCCGCAUCAUUGGAGUCAGUGGGAGGAAUAGUGCCGCAUCAUUGGAGUCAGUGGGAGGAAUAGUGCCCCAUCAGUGUGUCAGUGGGAGGAAUAGUGCCCCAUCAUUAGUGUCAGUGGGAGGAAUAGUGCCCCAUCAUUAGUGUCAGUGUGGGGGAAUAGUGCCCCAUCAUUGGUGUCAGUGUGGGAGGAAUAGUACCCCAUCAUUGAUGUCAGUGUGGGAGGAAUAG